AUGAAAUAUGAGAAAAAAAUUUGGAACAACGAUAAGGGGAAAAAAAGAAGUGAGAAGUUUCCGAACGAGGACAGCUACGGUAGGGGGAAAAGCAGGAGGUAUGGCAAACAUGACGAGGGAGCAGCAGCAGCAGCAGGAGUAGCAGCAGCUGGAGGGUUUAACAACAAGCCGUACCACCACGAAAAGCGGCGUAGCGAACAAAUGCAUAGUAACAUGCAGCAGGGAGACGAGUUCAAUUCGGAAAGGCCCACUUACACUUCCGCUUCGUCCAAUUUUAAGAGAAGCAGUAACUAUGAAGUGAAAAAUAAAGUGCUAGACAAGUGGGGCCACCGAAAUAGCCAGUACAUGCCACCCCCAUAUAAGAGGGGGGCGAUGAAUCAAAAGGCGAACGUCCCGGGUGGAAUGAAAAACAAUCAUGCUCGUUAUCACAAGAAGUACGUAAGAAAUGGUGGAGAAAGGGGGUCUAAAUUUAGUGCUUAUGGAAGUGGCGAUCACAACGUGAAUGCCAACUUUGAUGAGGAGGAGCGCCCGCCGAAUGAAGACCAUUACGACUACGCGGAUGAUUAUUACAACAGUGAUGCGCACUAUGCGGAAGACGGCCGCCGUAGGGGGGGUCACUACGGGGAUGGUGGCGACAAUCACUACGGCGAUCCAGAUGGCUAUUACGAUGGUCGCGACAAUCACUACGGCGAUCCAGAUGGCUAUUACGAGGAUCGAGGUAACCAUUACGACGAUCGGGGCAACCAUUACGACGAUCGAGGUAACCAUUAUGACGAUCGGGGCAACCAUUACGACGAUCGGGGCAACCAUUACGACGAUCGGGGCAACCAUUACGAUGGUCGAGACAACCAUUAUGACCAGCGAGAGGACUAUCACAACGAUCGCGACGGUCAGCGGGAGCACAGCCGGUACGCUGAUAGCUACAGCAGGAACUACAACCACGGCAGCUACAACCCCAACGGCAAUGACGGCAACAUUCGGCAGGCGCGCAAAAACAGCCGUGCGUACGAGGACAGCCCGGGCGAUAACUACGCCCACAGUUACGACGAAAAUUAUGGCGCGAGUUGCGGAGACCAUCAAAGCAAUCUCGCCAGUGGGGAAUCUAGAAAGGCCAAUAUAAACCAGGAGCUGAGCAACCUGCAUAGGAAUCUGCACAAUUUGCUUUUCUCCCCUGCCAAAACGGACGACGAGAAAGGUCCCAACGAAACGAACACCACGUCGCACAACAAGGAGUGUAACGAGAGCGUGUUGAACCAGCUGUCCAUUCUGCGGAACAUUCCGUUUAAUGUGAAGCAUUCGGAUGGCGAAGGCGACGCGGGAGGUGGCAUGGAAGGCGGCACGAAAGGCGGCAUGGAAGGCGGCACGAAAGGCGGCAUGGAAGGCGGCACGAAAGGUGGCAUGAAAGGCGGCACGAAAGGCGGCACGAAAGGCGGCACCGAACGCGGAAGAGAUGGUGGGCUUCCUAACGACGAGUUCGAUGGCGGGGUCAGCGGCCGACGUAGCCCUGACGCGCAGCAGAAAAAAAGCAGCCAGAGCAGCAAGACAGCCAUGAUACUGGACGAUUUGAAGAAGUGCCUCUACAGUAGUGGCAGUCAGGAGUCGAAGAAGACACCCCCCGUGGGGGGCAAUAUGAGCAUGUCACGCGUACCGAACCGGGAUGAGGGGGAGUCCCAAACGGACAGGAGGUACCACUCAAACGGAUACCUACUUAAUGACGAUAAGCAUUUCAAUGCUAGCCGUGAUAGAGACUACAGAGCUGCUGAGGAGAGUAGGAUCAGGAGACGAAGUAGCAGCAGCAGUAGUAGAAUGCAAAGCAGUUUUUUUCCCCCACCAGGAAAUGCACAACAGAAGGAGGAUGACGAAUUGGAAGAGGAGGGUAGGACCAGUAGGCGCUACAGAAACGACUCGAAUUAUUACCACUCGGAGGAGAUGGAAAUCGAAUCGUCCAUUUCAAGCGAUCACAGCGUUGUCAUGGAUGUGUAUAAAAACGAAGUGAAGGAGGAGAACAUAAUAACUUCCAGUGGAAAUUUAUUUCCCAAAAAUCAAAUAGCCGAAUCGUUGAGGGUAUUAAAUACGUUGCAAGUGGACAUUGAAAGAGUCUGCUGUUAUAUAAAACAUUUUAUAGAUCCUCCGGAGCAGCUGUUCCAAGUGAUGACGGAUGUUUUCGUGGACAAAUCCGUUUUAGUAAACUCCAAAAUUGCCAUCUUCUAUGUGUAUAAUCAUUUAAUACAAGAAUUGAGAAACAAUUUAAAAAACGAUUUGAUGAAAUAUUAUUCCAUCGCGGAAAGAGGGUUACAAAUUUUUGUUGUCCCAGUACUGAGGUGUGUAUUACAUGAACAAGUCAACGUAGAAAUGAUUAACAAAUUUUAUCGCUGUAUAGCCAUUUGGAAUGAAAGAAAUGUCUACAGCAAAAUAGUAUGUGAACAGCUAAAACUGCUUCAGAAAAAUCCACAAAAAAAAAUUGAUUUUACUGUGAAGAAUGUAGCUAGCCAAGCUCAUAGUUUGCUGUCAAAUGAACUGUCGAAAUUUGUGCCCAUAAAUUUUAUUUUAAAAAUGCCCAGUGUGAAUAAUGAACAUAGGAAAGCUCUGGAAGAUAAAACUCUCAGUGCUCUUUUUCAGGAUAUAUCGAAGGAUACUCUGAAGGGGUACGAUGAGGCAGCUGUUGAGGAAGCUUCUAGGCUGUCGGACAAGGUGAUGCGCAUGUAUGGGCAGGAAUUAAUUUUAAUUAACUCUCAAAUUUUGGAGCUCUCCUCCUUGAUUUGCGAUAAUAAUGACCAUUUGGUGAAGCUGCAGAGUGCGCUGGAGAAGCUGCGGGAUUGA